AUCUUGAUCCCGUGACCGCUGUGUUCUUUUUACCCGCCGUUUUGUGUUUGGCGCUUAUUCAGUUGUUCACAAUUGUCUGACUUGCCAGGUUUUGUGCUGUCAGUUCUCUUCAAGCAAUCAACAUGAAUUCUCCGCAUUUAUAUGUUGUUAAAAGAGAUGGGCGCAAAGAGGAUAUCCAUUUCGACAAAAUCACAUCUCGGAUCAAGAAGUUAUGUUAUAAUCUUAAUAUGGACUUCAUCCGACCGGAAAACAUCACCAUGAAAGUCAUCAACGGUCUCUAUUCUGGUGUGACGACUGUCGAAUUGGAUAACCUGGCUGCCGAGACUGCUGCCACUAUGACCACCAAGCACCCGGACUAUGCCAUUUUAGCUGCUCGUAUUGCCGUCUCAAACAUGCAUAAAGAAACGAAGAAGGUUUUCAGUGAUGUUAUGGAAGAUCUUUACAACUACGUGAACCAUAGGACUGGUAAACACUCUCCAAAGAUUGCACCACAUAUUUUUGAAUUAAUCAAAAGCAACCAAGAGAAAUUGAAUUCUGCAAUUAUUCAUGACAGAGAUUACAAAUAUAAUUACUUCGGGUUCAAGACAUUGGAACGGUCGUACCUCCUGAAGAUUAAUGACAAAGUUGCUGAACGCCCUCAGCACAUGUUGAUGAGGGUAGCAGUUGGCAUCCACCAAGAUGAUAUAAAUGCUGCCAUAGAGUCAUACAAUCUGAUGUCUGAAAAAUGGUUCACCCAUGCCUCUCCAACACUCUUUAAUUCUGGCACAAACCGUCCUCAAAUGUCCAGCUGUUUCCUGUUAGCAAUGCAGUCUGACAGUAUAGAAGGCAUAUACGACACAUUGAAACAGUGCGCACUCAUUUCCAAGAAUGCGGGUGGAAUUGGUGUGCAUGUACACAAUAUUCGCAGUUUUGGCAGCUACAUUGCUGGUACAAACGGUAACUCAAAUGGUUUACUGCCCAUGUUGAGAGUUUUUAAUAACACUGCCAGAUACGUUGACCAAGGUGGUAACAAGCGCCCUGGAGCUUUUGCGAUUUACUUAGAACCCUGGCAUGCCGAUAUCUUUGACUUCCUUGAUUGCAAAAAGAAUACUGGAAAGGACGAACAGCGAGCCAGAGACUUGUUCUACGCCCUCUGGAUUCCUGAUCUUUUCAUGGAACGAGUUGAACAAAAUGGUGAUUGGACCCUGAUGUGUCCCAAUGAAUGCCCAGGCCUUUCCGAUGUUUGGGGAAAGGAAUUUGAAGACUUGUAUAUCAGUUAUGAAAAAGCUGGUAAAGGUAAAAGAACUCUGAAAGCUCAGCAAGUCUGGUAUGCAGUUAUAGAAGCUCAAACAGAGACUGGUACGCCUUACAUGCUGUACAAGGAUUCUUGUAACCGUAAGAGCAACCAACAAAACCUUGGGACAAUAAAAUGCAGUAAUUUAUGUACAGAAAUUGUUGAAUACACGGCACCAGAUGAGGUGGCUGUUUGUAACUUGGCUUCCAUUGCGUUGAAUAUGUUUGUUAAACCAGAUCGCACUUUUGACUUUGAUAAAUUGAAAUCUGUCACCAAAGUAAUCGUUAAAAAUCUCAACAAAAUUAUCGACACCAACUGUUAUCCUGUGGAGGAGGCAAAACGAUCCAACAUGCGGCAUCGACCGAUUGGCAUCGGUGUCCAAGGUUUGGCCGAUGCUUUCCUUCUAAUGCGAUAUCCGUUUGACAGCGAAGAAGCUCAAGAACUGAAUAAACAAAUCUUUGCUACGAUCUACUUUGCUUCCUUAGAGACGAGUUGUGAACUUGCUGAAAAAUUUGGUCCUUAUGAGACUUACGAUGGUAGCCCCGUGAGCAAAGGUAUUCUUCAAUAUGACAUGUGGGAAGCAGAACCACAUCCGAUGCAUGAUUGGGCUGCACUCAAAGACCGAAUUGCCAAACAUGGAGUAAGGAACAGCCUGUUACUGGCUCCGAUGCCAACUGCUUCCACAGCACAGAUUCUUGGAAAUAACGAGUCCAUUGAGGCCUAUACCAGCAAUAUUUAUACAAGACGUGUUUUGUCCGGAGAAUUCAUGGUUGUCAAUCAUCAUUUGUUGAAAGACCUCACAGAACUUGGUCUGUGGAAUGGCGACAUGAAGAAUGAACUCAUUGCCAACAACGGUUCCAUCCAGUCCAUGGAUGUUCCUGAUGACCUUAAAAAACUCUACAAAACUGUUUGGGAAAUCUCCCAGAAAAUUGUGAUCAAAAUGGCAGCUGACCGAGGAAUUUAUAUCGAUCAAAGUCAGUCCCUGAAUUUACAUAUUGCGGAACCAAACUAUGGAAAAUUAACCAGCAUGCACUUCUAUGCAUGGAAAAUGGGCUUAAAGACAGGAAUGUACUACUUACGGACCAAGCCGGCAGUGAAUGCCAUUCAAUUCACUGUUGAUAAAACGAAACUCACCACACCAGUCAAGAAAACCCAGGAACAAAACGAAGCCGCCAUUGCCUGUUCGAUUAACAACAGAGAGGAAUGUUUGAUGUGCAGCGGUUAAAGGGAGAACUGCCGAUCCUGCUCUUUCUUAGCUGUGGACUGGGUCGCUAUGUAAGCAUGUAUGUACAUAAGGGGUCACGUUGGAAUAAUUACGCAUGUUUCUCACAUUCAAUAAAUCUCAUGUAUAUAUGCAAGUUGGAUAUAUGUGUGGGUGUGUCAUACAUACAUCUAUCUAUACACACGAAAGAUAAGGUUGAAAGCAAGUUCCUUUGCAUGGUAGUUUCGAGUUCGGCAAUGGAUGUUCCAAAUGCAUUUCAGAUGCUCAACAACAACGAAUCCUCAGGAAACCCCAUUAUACCAAGUUAA